GUCGUCUAUACUUGCCGAGCCUGGUCACACAGCCGAAAAGCCGUGCGAAAAUCGAGUUAUAUUCGGAGGCCAUGCCAUGAUAAUUACAUUAUAAUCCUUCGGACGACCAUGCUGUUCUGCGGCUUGCAGCGUCGUUCGUCAUAAGCAGCUGCUGAAGUUGCAGUUGCCAAUCGUGCAACAAAGUGCAAGCGCGCAACCCCGUUGCGGAAUCCAGAACCUGGAUAGCCACGAUGACACCCUUCGAUGACUUUAUCUAUCUGAUCAAUCAUGUGCUUUUGGGCGAGGAGCCGACAAUCGAAGACUUCAUAUUGCUGGUGGGCACCCUGGUGGCGUUUAUAGCCUUCAUCCUGUGGUGCUGCUUCCCCAUACAGCCAAAGCAGGAGCCUGGUCCCCAUCGCCAGUUUACGUGCAAGAUCAUACAGAAUCCCAUCAAGGCCUUCGACGCCGCCACCAGCACUGACGACGCACCUAAACCAGGAGGUGGGUCCGGAACUGGUAGCUCCACGUCCAACAUGCAGUACAAUAGCAGCAGUGGCAGCGGAAGCUACAGCAAGAACGGCACAGUGGCCAUGCACAAUUACUACGUUAAAAACGGACACCAUUGCUGCACCUAAUAAUUGGUUAUCCGCACUAGCGACACUGUCCAUGUCCAAAGUUGGACAGGAUGUUAUGUUGCACAAACGCCGCCCUUAGUAACCAUAUGCAGAGCACACCUAUCCGUAUGCGGAGGCAUAUAGAUUGAGAUUUGUGCCAAUUGGUUCGACAGGUUGUUAGGAGGCAGCUGAAAGCUGUCAGUUCGCAUUCACAGGCACAUUUGAAUUGUAAUUGAUCAGACUGAUUUGUUUAUGGAACAUGAGAAGAUUGAAGGUGGAACAGGUAGCAAGGUCAAGGCCGCACACUCAUUCGCAGCAGCCCUUGGCAAGUUUAUAAAACUUCCUUGUGUGUGCAUUUGUUGGCAUACCACAUGUAGCAUGCGUAUUUGUCUAAACGAAAAAACGAUUUAAAAGCCAAGCGACUAAUUGUAAGUAUUUAUUUGUGUAAACGAUUCGCUUACCCCCUGAGAAACUCCAAGCCCUUGCCAACACAUUGUGUGCAAAAAAAAGAAAACAAAAGCCCUUGAAAUAACUUUUAAUUAUGUUCAAUCGGGUAAAGGAUUAAAGUCGGGUAAAGGAUUAAAGUCUCCGAUCAUAUUUACCUUUAUAAAUUUAUAAAUAUAUAUUUAAGGAACAAUAUUUAUAUGCCGAGAUACAGACCAAUUAGUUAGCAUAGGUCUUUUCUGUAGAAUCGCUUUUGAUUUUAUUUAUUUGAUGUGUAUUAGUCUAUUUGAUCUCAUUUAAAGAUAUUAUUUGUGAUGUAACUUCAAGAUAAAUCCAAUAUUUCUCAAAUGCGAAUGAAACUAUAUUUAAAGACAACCUGCCACACGAGUGUUACUGUUUUAUUGUACCCUAAAAAAGGUAUUAUUUUGGUCAAUAAUAUAGAAGCUGUUAAGGAGAAAUUUCCGAGCCCAAAAAUAAUAAGAAAUGAAAGGCAAGUUUGGUAACGUUUGGCUUAGUGUGUAUUUAUAAAUUAAUAACAAUGGCAUUAAGGGUAUUUAACAAAGUUAACAAAUGCUUAUUCGCUAAGCAUACAUGAAAGAGUAGGAAAUCAAGAAAAGAUUUUUGUGUGUGGGCUUGCGAAUUUUUCAUUCCGUUUUCGGGCCUGGGCAAUAUUGGUGAAUGUCGUAGGUUCAUUUAUAUGUGAAUUUAUCCUCUUAACUGCUAGUAUCUCGUUUUGGGCUUUGGUAACGGUUAAAACAUUUGUGGAUGGUAGUACAUGCUAUGGAACAUACACAGAAUCACAUAAACAAUAUGUGUAUAACGCGAAAUAAACAGAAUUCGCUGCUGAAAGCUUUGUCGUCUAAACCUAAAGACAGUCUUAGGCAAUAAUCAACGCGUAAACUAGUGUACAAAAAUACUAGGUAUUUACUCUGUCCGAUUUUUGGUUGAAAAUUAAAAUGAUAAUUACAAAAUACAUUAAGUUAUAGUUAUCAUUUCAAUUUAAUUAAACUUUACCAGAUCUAGUAUUACCCAAAAAUAGUUAAAAACGAAUGCAGACCUGUAAUUGGGUUGCUGGAGUAAUAGUCUUGUGGUGCCAGCACCAAAAUGAUUUUUUAAGUGGGUUUUCCCCAUCUCUGGGUUUCCAGAUCCAGUUCCAUUACUAGCUACUGCAAUCUCUGGGAAAGAAGACAUUCAUCUCGAUGAGGAUCUGCAGAACGAUAAAAACCCCAUAUACAGUGAAGAGGGCCACUCCCACCCGCUUGGUAAGGCGAUAGCCACUGAAGCUGAGAAUUACGAAAAGUGCCACCGUGGAGAUGAUCAGGAUCAGAAUAUUGUACUCUAUGCCCUGGGUGCCAACCUGCUGGGGCUCCCCAGAUCCGUAGUGAAUACAGUUCUUGAUGAACCACGGCACUCCCAGGGACAACAAGAUGGCCAGCGAAUUGGCACCCAAGGAAUUUGAAACUCCAAUGCCACUUUCACCUGAAAUAAAGAGAAUAUAUCACGAGUUAAAAAUAAUUAGUCACAAAUAUGUUUAUGAGUAUACAUUUAAAGAAUUGUAACAGUUAUCACCAGGAACCGAUUUAAAAAGCUUUUUAAGUCCUUUUAAUUAAAAUGUGAGGCAACAUGGAUAUAUAAA